AUGGCUGCCAAAGUGUUUGAGUCCAUUGGCAAGUUUGGUCUUGCCUUAGCCGUUGCAGGAGGCGUGGUGAACUCUGCCUUGUAUAAUGUGGAUGCUGGGCACAGAGCUGUCAUCUUUGACCGGUUCCGGGGAGUUCAGGACAUUGUCGUAGGAGAAGGGACUCACUUCCUCAUCCCUUGGGUACAGAAACCAAUCAUCUUUGACUGCCGCUCUCGACCACGUAACGUGCCAGUAAUCACUGGUAGCAAAGAUUUACAGAAUGUCAACAUCACCCUGCGCAUCCUCUUCCGGCCGGUUGCUAGUCAGCUUCCUCGCAUCUUCACCAGCAUUGGAGAGGACUACGAUGAGCGCGUGCUGCCGUCCAUCACUACAGAGAUCCUCAAGUCCGUGGUGGCUCGCUUUGAUGCUGGAGAACUGAUCACCCAGAGAGAGCUGGUCUCCAGACAGGUGAGCGAUGACCUCACAGAGCGAGCAGCGACCUUUGGGCUCAUCUUGGAUGACGUAUCCUUGACGCAUCUGACCUUUGGGAAGGAGUUCACAGAAGCGGUGGAAGCCAAACAGGUGGCUCAGCAGGAAGCAGAGAGGGCCAGAUUUGUGGUGGAAAAGGCUGAGCAGCAGAAGAAGGCAGCCAUCAUCUCUGCGGAGGGCGACUCCAAGGCGGCGGAGUUGAUCGCCAACUCACUCGCCACUGCAGGCGACGGCCUGAUCGAGCUGCGCAAGCUGGAGGCUGCGGAAGACAUCGCGUACCAGCUGUCGCGCUCGCGGAACAUCACCUACCUGCCCGCCGGGCAGUCGGUGCUCCUCCAGCUGCCCCAGUGA